ACCAGCAGCAGGGAGGCAGGGGUAGUCUUUCAGCACAUGGCCUAUAUUUAACUUGGGGAAGGGGAUUUUGAACUUAAAGUCAUAUUGCCUCUGUCAGCUGCCACUGGCACACACAAAGAUGCAGUGAAACAUUGCUUUUUUAACAUUUUGAAACUCUAAAUUCUUCUUAAUGUUCGCUGUUCGUGUGUUUGACUCAGUCUCUACUGAUACGUACCCCCACCAACUGCUUUGCCCUUGUCUUACUUGACUCCCCACUUUUCAUUCCCGGCUCUGUCUAUUUCUGUCCCUCGCUGAGUCAGAUGGACAUCUCCCAACUUAGAAUGACACAAACAGGCGGACCGACUACCAAUUCAGAGUGACUCAAAACAUCAAGAGGACUCUAAAAAACAAUACUUGGGGUUGAAAAGAGAAGAUUUGGGGGAAAUUACCAAGAUGGACGAAUGUGAGAGUCUGUAUUCAGAGAUGACGGAGCUGCAGGAGUUUCAGUGUGAAGCUUCAGAUGUCAUGAGCCAGGACGAUGAAGAUGAAUUGGAAGAACUACAAAACAGUCUCCGAGAAGUUGUCCAGGACCCAUCGGUGAAGCCCAAGCUCCAAUGCCUAAUGGUGGAUCCGUCGUUCUCGAUGGUAACAGUUCAGAGCGAGGACAGUGGUAUUGUUUGGGAGACGGCCUCUAGCCGCUGCUCUACUCCGUGGGCCUCUGAGACGAGCUCCACCUCUGAAGCUUACAGCAUGGAGGGCUCGGGAGCUGCGGGAAAGAUCACCAUCGUCUUUGAUGAGGAGAAAGUAGUCCGCAGGAGGACGAGGUCUGGAGGAAGAAGCAGUAGGCUCGGGGACAGGCUGAGCCGACCUGGGAGCUCGAGAUCGGCUUCAGCUCUAGGAGUGGAGAGACCGGAGAUGGCAGAGGUUUCACUUCCCAAUGUCAAGCAGGAAAAUAGCAAAACAGAGACGGGCUUGGAGGAAAUCAAAAGCAAAGAUCAGCAGCUUUUUAGUUUGAUUUCAGAGGGCUAUGAGAUUCUUAACAUUAGAGUCCCCUCUAAACUACCCACUGUGGACGAGGAGGAGAGUACAGAGCUGCAGGACAAUUUGUCUUAUCUGGAUCAGACUCCAAAGAUCAAGUCUCAUAACCACAUUGAGUGGACGUUGCAAGAUAAUCAAGUCUUGCCAGAGGGGGAGGAAAUACUGGAACACCAGGAGCCCUCAAAGCAAGAUUCUUCUCAGCCAUCAGCAGACACAGGACACACACCCACUCAGAGAGAAAGCACCGGUGACAUCGACUAUUUCGAGAAGUUUACCCUUUUGGAUGUGGUGGCUCCUGGAGAACAAGCAGAGCUGCAGGAGGAGGUUAAACAGCCUGCAGCAAAACUCCAAGCUGAGGAACAAAAGCCUGCAGGAGAAACAGCCACAGGCGCCCCCUCUGCAUCCGAGGACUCUUUCGUGUUUGUUUCAGAUGUAGAUAUAGUUGGGGAACACUUUGAUGAGGUCUUUUAUGGAGAAGGACUUCCUGCUGAUGCACUACAUCAGAGAGAAGAGGACAAGACUGAGAGCCAAGGAGGGAUGAGAAGCAGACGAGAAAGCCAGAGGUCAACAAAGGGGAGCGGAUCAGUGUUGUUUGAGAGUGAAGAGACCACUCUCACGCCCAUCUUUAUCUCUCCUGGACCUCCUAAGAUCAUUGACCCGAUCCUGCUAGAGGAGCCCACUGCCAUGUCCUUCAUGUACUCUGACCUUUACGAGGAUGCUGUGGGUGAGAGGAGGAAGAGUGAUGAGGAAUACUCUGAAGCAGAGAGCGUGGCAUCUGAGAAGUCUUACAGGAGACGUUUGUCAGAUUCAGAGGAGGCACAUGGGUACCUGGAGAAGUUCAUUUUAAAAGACGAAACUCCUACGCUGGAUGUUCAACCAGAGCCAGUGGCCAGUGAGAGUGAAGGAAGGAUGAUGUGGCCGCAAAGUAAGUUUGAAAUGACAGGAUGUCUAAUACGAGUGCCAGAAGAAGAAAAGAAAAAAAAGGUAAAGAAGGAGGAACCAGAGGAGCAGCAAGUCAGUGUUGGAGACAGGAGUGAAGAUUUGCACGAGCAAAGAGGAGUAGAUAGGAGAAAAGUUAAAGAACCAGAGGAAAUGCAACUCUCUGAGGCUACUCAGGAGGAGACUAUAGGAGUGACCUUGGAAGAUUCAGGUCAGGAGUCUAAACCACCAGAGAAAAAAAUGGAAGAUCAACAAAUGAAGCUUGAAGGUAAGACAGACAUGACAGAGUCUUCUGAGUGCAGCUCAGAAAAGCCACUUCCUGAAACUCACCAGGUGGACUGUAAAGUAGACCACACACAACAGAGUGAGGGUCAUCAGAGAGAAGAAGAAAAAAAGUGUGAGCAAAGCUGCACUGAACCUGAGCAUGGCUGUGAGGAGGUGUCAGAAAAGACUGAUGAAAAGACGCCUGUAGUGCGUGCAGAUGUAGAAGCACCUGUAAGCAGCGAGGUGCCUCCUGCUGUCAUUAAAUCUGAAGUACAAGCAGAAACCUGGAAGACGGGUUUGCCUGAGGAGGUUGUUUCUGACACCAAAAUAGAGUCUGAUGAUGAAGAACUAGUAACCAAAGCAGAGGCCUUAGCUGAAGUGAAGGAACCUGAGACUGUAACACAGGAAACGUUUACUCUGACUGAACCCUCGGCUCAAACACCAACGUUACAGCACAAAGAGGCUGAAGAUGUUGGACCUGUUGAGGUUAUCACGGACUGUGAUGCUGCAGUGCACACUGUUGUGGAGGUAACAGAAAAAGCAGUGAAUGAAAAAGAGAUUCAAACCCAAGUUUGUGUUGAUCUUCAGGAAGUGAGAAGUAUUCCUGAAGGACACGAACCUCUGACAGGGAAAACUACUGCUGAGGACAAGUUGGAUAAAGAAGGGUUAGAGGUCACAGCCACGUCCAUUGAAGUAACCAAGCCUGUUUCAGAAGCAGUCAUGACAGAUGCAGAUGAGAAACUUCAUGUAACCCUUAAAACUCAGCAGAAGCAACAAGACAUGAUUGAUGGUGAAUCAGAUGAAACAAACUCUAAAGUACCCGCAGAGACCAGUAGGACUUUGGUUCAGGACAUAGUGACCGUAGGUGAUGAGCUAAUCCUCCUCGUCCCCAAAGGAGAAGCUGUAGAGAUGGAUGUAGAGAUCAGUCAGUGGUCAGAGAAAGACACGGUUCCUCUCCCUGAGUCUAACAGCACAGCUGAACUUCAGGCACCAGUAGAAGAAACAAUGAUGGAGCCUGAAGUCAAAGUAGAACCAGAAACCUCUGCAGUAGAAAAAGAACAAACCAGGAAUGAUUUCGAUAUGGACUAUUCGCCACCUGCACCUGUAGAGGAAACUGACUCCAAGGAGGCGAAGAUGCAGAGACCCACAGAAGAAGACAAAAUCAUCUUUACUCCCCAAGACGGUUCAUAUGAAGUGCACAGAGAGGAAAUACAUCCUGAACAAACGGUCGUAGAACAGAUGGCAGAGAUCCACAAGAUGGAAGAAACGAGCGUUAUUAAAGAAGAUCUAGUUCCACAUGUUGAGCUGCAAAGAGAGGAUGUUGAGCAACAAAUGGAGCAAGAUUGGGGAUUUGCAGGGCGCCCCGAUGUACCUGACGUUGAGAUGGAAUAUGAAGUGAUAUCUAAACAGGAUGCAAAGGAGAUGCCAGAACCUGAAACACAGAGAGAUGUGGCUGGGCUAUUACCACAGCCUACUCUGAAGAAAGAAGAGGAUGAAGAGAUGGUGGUAGAGAAGGUAGAUUAUUUCCCAGAAGAAGAAGAAGAAGAAGAAAUGAUUGAGGCUGACUAUGAAAUAAUCGACGCAGAGGAGGAAAUGCAGGCCCAGUUAGCUGCUGAGCUACAGGGGAUGGACUGGUUCUGUCUCACCUGUGGAUUUCUGCUGUCAGAGAAAGACUGCAUGUCUGGAGAGCAUCACAGCCACGAUGUGACUGCUGUGGAUACGGCCUACGAAGAAAUAAAGGAGUUGCUAAAUGGCUGGAUCUCAGAGCUUCAGGGGAGAUCGGAGAACAUUGAGGACUUGGUGUCAGAGCUGGAGCUUGCCUACAACUCUGUGGAGGAUCAGUUCAUAGAGAGCGAAGCGGCCAUGAAGGCUCAGAACAGGGAGAUGAUGGACGUGGUGAUGGAGCAGUACAACAACAUGUCUGUCAGCAUGGAGGAGGAGAAGAAGACCAAGCUGGAGCAGCUCUAUGAUCAGAUUGUCUCCUUCCAGGAGAGCAUUGACUCAGCCAAGGCCAUUCUGGAGACCACAAGCAGAGAGGCUGAGACUGAGGCCAGGGUGACAGAUCGCUCACAUUUUAAUGCUGAUUCACGUUGUGGUUUUAUGGUCAGACUUACAGCAGCUCUGGACUCAGCCUCGACGAUGGAGCUGGGUCCCAAGGGACUGCUGGUGUUUGAGGACUACGCCAAGGCCAACACUUCAAGCUCAAACCUCGCACAGCGCAAGGGGAUCCCAGUGCCCCAGAGGCCGACACUGCUGCCGCAGGAGCCGGGCUCAGCCACCAGCACCAGCGUCACAGUUUACUGGAAAGUCAACCCGGGAGAUAUCAUAGACUGCUUCCAGGUCUACUGCAUGGAGGAUCCACAGGGCGCUGUGUCAGAGGAGUACCGUGUGACAGUAAAGGAGAGUUACUGUGUCCUGGAGGACCUAGAAUCUGACAAGAUGUACAAGGUGUGGGUGAUGGCUGUCAACUAUACAGGCUGCUCUCUGCCCAGCGAGAGACUUACCUUCAGAACUGCUCCUACAGUGCCAGUGAUAGACACAGAGCGCUGCAGCAUCCUGUGGGAUUCAGCUGCUCUGAGGUGGAACUCAGCAGAGCAGAGUCCCGGACAGAGUUACACUUUGGAGUACUGCCGACAGUAUGAACUGGAAGGAGAAGGGCUCAGAUCCAUCUCAGGUAUCAAAACCUGUGAGCAAAAGAUUCUCCUGCAGCCCUGUGAGAAUUACCUGUUUUACAUCAAAGCUGUGAAUGAGGCUGGGGCCAGUGAACAGAGCGAGGCUGCACUCAUUUCCACAAAAGGGACGAGGUUCCACCUGCUGAAGGCAUCAGCUCAUCCUGCUCUGCAGCUCUCAGAGAACCAGACCACUCUGCACUAUUCCCAGGAUGCACACAAAACCGCCUCGCUCACAGGCACACAGUGUCCAUCCAUCCUGGGUGAGCUGCUGCCAGCGCGAGGGAUCUAUUACUGGGAAACCAGUGUGUCACAAAGUACGGCCUACAGGCUCGGAGUGGCAUACAGCACUGCCAACAGAAACAGCUCACUGGGGGAAAACAGCCUGUCCUGGUGUUUGCAGUGUAGUCCCUCACCAUCAGGUUUCAGGUAUCAGUUACUCCACAAUGACAUUCAGUCCAGUGUGUUUGUGACUGAGAUGCCUGACCGAGUGGGCACUCUCCUGGACUACCAGCUCGGUCGUCUGUCUUUCUACAAUGCCCAAAGCGGUCAGUUAUUAGGCACCUUCAGACAGAGCUUCACCCAGCCAUGCCAACCCGCUCUGGCUUUGGAGUUGCCUGGCAGCCUGGAGAUCAGCAUGGUGCCGGUGGUGCCCGAGUUUACCAAGGACAGCUAGCUCUGCUAAUAGCCUAACACAGUGGAGAGUUUACAGGUCACGAUGGACUCUUAAAAUGUUGAAGAAUAAUGCAGAAGAGAUGAUUCCUCUAAACCUAAUAUAUGGAUUUGUGUGUUGUUAGCGGAAGGAAGAAUGAUCACUUCAAGCAUCCUUGGAUUUCUUGAAAGGUGGUAUACAAAUCUAAGUUAUUAUUAUUAGUACUUCAACCACAUAGAGCUUUAAAAGCUAGUUUUCUGCAAUUGAAUACAAAUAAAUAUGUAAUUGGGUAAAGAAAAAAACAAAAAAGGACGCUGUCAAUUUAAAAAAAAAUUAGUUCUAUUUCAUAUAAAUGGAUUUAAAUUAAGUGCUUUGAUUUAUUUCCCCCAUUGAUGAGCGUGUUGUACUUUGUACACAAAGAAAAAUGAAAUGUGAAAAAUGUUAUAAUUCUGAACAAAACGUGUGACAAUUUUUUUUUACUGUUUUUGUAAAAGUUUUUCUAAUUUCGCCCAGUUCCUUCAAUCCCUUCAUCACAGAUACUGUUAGUAAAUACUCGAAUAACAUAUAGACGUCCAAACACAACCACUGUAUAAUUAGUCCUUCAACAAAUUGUUAUUCAAGUUUUUUUUUGUCACCACAAAGUUUUAGACUGAGUUUGUGUCUCCAAACAUACACUGUGGCACUUUUUAAACUGUUUCAUAAUGUGAAUAGGUUUGUUUUGUGUAAAUAACCUUUUUAAAGAGAUGUGAUCAGUUCUUUGUUUCUUAUGUGCGACUGUCAACAAAUGCAGAUCAGCUGUUUUUCUUCUUCUGUCUUGUAAAAACUGAUUUUUCUGGUCUGAAAGAACAUGAUUAUUUUUCUAUCUGCUCAACUGGACUAAUUGGUUUGACUCAUUUACCAUCCAGCCAUCCUCCCCUUAUCAAGUUCAGGGUUGAUGAAGCCUGUCUCAGCUGUCACAGAGAGGCAGGGUACACUCUGGACAGAACGCCAGUCUGUUGCAGGGACUGUGGGAGGAAGCUCCACAUAAACUCCACGUAGAAAGGACCCUUUAUUCGAACCAAGCACCUCUGUGCUGCAGAUGUGUUUUGACUCCUUUUCCCAAUAAUAUGUCACCACUAGGGGGCCUCGGUGCUCCGUUAACUGUAUUACUGUCUUUUUAAAAAUAAUCUUUCUGGAAGUUACGAGAACUGUAAACCUGAUCUGAACCAAAUGACCACAAAAAGAAACUGAAAUCUAAUUAUUUUCCAGACAAGCUUUUUUUUUGGUGUU